AUGAUCAAAACUGAUGAAGAAGAGGCUGCAGACUAUUCUGCUCUAAGUGCCGGACGAAAUAUACAAGGGGUCACCUAUUUUAUCAGCAACUUUGCAAAUGUAAUUGUCAACCAAGACCAUUCUAGCUCUCCUCCUCAUCAUGAUCAUACAACUCCAACAUCAUCAUCAUCCAAUGAAAUCAAGAGUUGGCUGACCCUUAAUGUCACAAAUUCAACUACUACAGCAAACAAUAAUACUGUCAAGUCUGUGGUGAUCAACAAUCCACCAGUACAACCUAUGUCUAGUGAGAUUGGGAACAAAAACUCUGAUUCUGAUUCGUGCUCCGGUCGAUAUAUUUAUGUUUAUAAUCUUCCUAAGAGGUUCAACCAGGACUUGCUCAAAAAUUGCCAUUCACUUCAGAGAUGGACUGAUAUGUGCCCCUACAUAUCAAACAUGGGACUUGGUCCUCGAAUUAAGAAUUCUAAAAAGCAGCUAGUUGGAAAUGGUUGGUUUGCUACAAACCAGUUUUUAUUGGAAGUUAUUUUUCACAACAGGAUGAAGCAGUACAAGUGUUUAACCAAUGAUUCAUCAUUGGCCUCUGCUGUCUUUGUACCCUUUUAUCCUGGCCUUGAUGUGGGACGAUACCUCUGGGACUAUAACAUAUCAGUGAGAGAUGCUUCUCCUCUAGAAUUCGUGAAGUGGCUUUCGCAUAGGCCGGAAUGGAAAAAAAUGUGGGGAAGAGACCAUUUCUUAGUUGGAGGAAGGAUUGCUUGGGAUUUCAGGAGGCAAACAGACAAGGACUCUGCUUGGGGUUCCAAGCUUAUGUUCUUACCUGAAGCCAAGAACAUGACAUUGUUGUCGAUCGAAUCCAGCUGCUGGAACAAUGAGCAGGCAAUACCAUACCCAACAUACUUCCAUCCCUCCAAGGACAGUGAGGUGUUUGAGUGGCAGAGAAGAAUGAGAAAGAGGAAAAGGCGGCACCUCUUCUCCUUUGCUGGUGCUCCAAGACCCGAUUCGAAAGACAGUAUCAGGGACAUGAUUAUAAAUCAAUGCCAAUCUUCAACCUCAUGCAAACUUGUAGGCUGCCACCGUGGUGCAAACAAGUGUGAUGACCCCCUAAAUGUGAUGAGGGUAUUUGAAGCAUCAGUUUUUUGCUUGCAGCCUUCGGGGGACUCGUACACGCGGCGAUCAACCUUUGAUUCCAUCUUGGCAGCCUGCAUUCCAGUUUUCUUCCAUCCUGGUUCGGCUUAUGUGCAGUACUUAUGGCAUUUCCCCAACACCCCAUCCAAAUACUCUGUGUUCAUAUCAGAAAAAGAUAUCAGGGACCAAAAGGUGAUGAUCAAUGAGACAUUGCAUAGAAUUCCCAAGCGUCAAGUAUCAGCAAUGAGAGAGGAGGUCAUAAGGUUGAUCCCAAGGGUAAUAUACGCAGAUCCAAGAGCACCAAGAUUGGAGACAGUUGAAGAUGCAUUUGACAUAGCAGUUAAGGGAGUGCUUGACAGAGUAGAGAGAAUUAGGAGGGAGAUGAAAGAGGGUAAGGAUCCUGGUAUUGCUUUUCCAGAACUAAACACUACAAAAUUUGAUAUGCCUGGUCCUGGGAGAGAGAGAAAAUUAAGGAGCUUUAGACAACACAAAACGCUCCGCCUCACAGGUCUCUCUCUCGUUCUCUUUCUUUCUCUAUCUCAAGUCAGAGCGAAACGUUUUUCCGCAAAAGCCAUGGCUCUGGUCUUGCAUGCAGGGAAGACAAACAAAAAUGCUUUCAAGACCCUCAUAGUUGCGGAGUACACUGGUGUAAAAGUCGAACUUGCACCUGACUUUGAGAUGGGUGUCACCAACAAGACUCCUGAAUAUUUGAAGUUAAACCCUAUUGGGAAGGUUCCCCUGCUGGUAACACCUGAUGGUCCCAUCUUUGAGAGCAACACCAUUGCACGUUAUGUUGCUCGCUUGAAGGCUGACAAUCCUCUUAUUGGUUCUUCUCUGAUUGAUUAUGCCCAUAUCGAGCAAUGGAUUGAUUUUGGAUCAUUGGAGAUUGAUGCUAACAUAAUUAGCUGGUUUAGACCAAGAUUCGGAUAUGCUGUGUACCUUCCUCCAGCCGAGGAAGCUGCGAUUUCUGCUUUAAAGAGAGCGCUAGGUGCCUUGAAUACCCAUCUUGCUUCGAACACAUACCUAGUUGGGCAUUUUGUAACCCUUGCUGACAUUAUUGUCACAUGCAAUUUGUUUUUUGGGUUCACAAAGCUCAUGACAAAGAGCUUCACUUCGGAAUUCCCCCAUGUUGAGAGAUACUUCUGGACCCUGGUCAAUCAACCAAACUUCAAAAAGGUAUUGGGUGAUGUCAAGCAGACUGAAUCUGUUCCACCUGUUCCAUCUGCAAAGAAGCCUUCCCAGCCCAAAGAAACUAAAUCCAAGGCCAAGGAGGAGCCCAAGAAAGAAGCUAAAAAGGAGCCAGCAAAACCCAAAGCAGAAGCUGCUGAGGAAGUGGAAGAGGCACCAAAACCAAAACCCAAGAAUCCUCUUGAUCUGCUGCCCCCAAGCAGUAUGGUAUUGGAUGACUGGAAGAGACUUUACUCUAACACAAAGACCAACUUCCGUGAGGUUGCUAUUAAAGGAUUCUGGGACAUGUACGAUCCUGAGGGAUAUUCUCUUUGGUUCUGUGAGUACAAGUACAAUGAUGAAAAUACUGUAUCCUUUGUGACAUUGAACAAGGUCGGUGGAUUUCUUCAGCGCAUGGAUCUGGCCCGCAAGUAUGCUUUUGGGAAGAUGCUAGUGAUAGGCUCAGAGCCACCAUUUAAGGUGAAAGGGUUGUGGCUCUUCCGUGGGCAAGAAAUUCCUCCAUUUGUGAUGGAGGAGUGCUAUGACAUGGAGCUCUACAAUUGGACGAAGGUUGACCUUUCAGAUGAAAACCAGAAGGAGCGUGUCAACCAGAUGAUUGAAGACCAGGAGCCUUUUGAGGGCGAGGCUCUGUUGGAUGCCAAGUGCUUUAAGUGA